GAUGCUGUAGAGCUCGAGCGGACAGAUAGAACCCCACGAGGUAGUGGCUCGAGCUGAUGUUUGACUGCAAACUGACUCCGCAAGCAUCUCUCUGUAUCUCCCGAUCCUUCUCAGGCCCGCACCUGGAUACACCGUUUCCUGCCCUCUGGAGAGGGGAGGAAUACAGCCAACUGCAGGGAUGCGAGGGUGAAGGAAUGAAAGCAUGAAUAGUCCACAGAGAGAGAGAGUCAGAAAGCCGUGAAUCCACAGAGGAUGUGAUAGUGGAGAGGUGCGCAGCAGACAAUACUUCAACUGGGAUUUCAAAGGGGAAACAAAAAGGACAACGGUUAAAAUCGUUAGACAUGAGAUUCAGCUGGUGAAUAUAGUCCCUCUCUCUGGCCGUCGCGAGAGCAUCUUGGUUUGGGUAAUACAUUUGUUCUCUAGCUCGUGUCGCUCACGCUCUUGACCGGUGCGCGCGCCUCCCCAUCUUUCCCACGCGAGUGAAUCUGAUGAGUCCCGGUGGCGGUGUGUUGUUUCGCCGCCGCACGCGUACGCGCCCAGACUUUUCGCGCUUACAGCAGCAGCAUGUCCUCGCGCAAGAUCUCUUCGGAGUCGUUCAGCUCGAUGGGCUCGGAGUGCCUGGAGAGCCCCGGAGAUGAUGGGGACUCCUGCCCCUUUUCACGCAUCUGGAACGGCAAGAGCCCGGUGGAGAAGCUCGCGUGCCCGUUCGAGGACGCACCAGGACCCAAACGAGCGAACAGACGGAAGCGCGUGAACCUGGACUCGCUCGGGGAGAGCUUGAGGAGGUUAACGUCGCCCACGGUUUCAACAGAGGCCGUAGGAAUAGACCCCAGAUGCUGGUGUCCUGAUACAAGCCAGGUUGUCAAACGCAACGGCCGAAGAGGCGGAACCGUCUACCUGGAAAUACUACAGUACAUGGCUACUCUACAGGGUGUGCGGUUCUGUGAGCUGAGGGAGCGUUUCGGGGAGGAGUUCUUCGGUCUGUGUUUCGAGGAGAACGAGCGUGUUCUAAGAGCAGUGGGAGGGAACCUGCAGGACUUCUUUAACGGCUUUGACGCCAUCUUAGAACACAUCAGAACCUCGACCGGACGCCGCGCCUCUUCAGAGAGCCCCUCCUUUCAAUGCAAAGACCCUCACCAGGAGGAGAGAGGAGGAGGAAGAGGAGGGGAGAGGGUGGGAGGAAAGCUUCUCCUCCUCCACUGCUUUAACCCCGCCCCUGUCGUGGGAUUGGCUAUGCCUGGUCUGAUUCGAGGUGUUGCACGCCGAAUCUUCCACUCCCACGUUGUGGUGAAGGAAGCCCCUCCCCUAGCGCCCUUGUCGCCCAAUGAGGACCCAGAACACUCAGGAGGAGACUCCACCCCUACACCGACCCCCUCUCCUUCCGCGUCACCAUCACCCCCUUCCCCGUCUGCCCCCGUCUGCCUCUCCUUCCUCAUCAGAGAAACAUCACCCUCCCCUCCCUCCAUCCCUCCCUCCUCUGUCACUCUUCCAACAGAGACCUCCAAGCAGACCCUCCCGCCCCUCUCCCUCUCCCCCACUGACCUGCGCAUCGGUCCGGCAACAUUCUGCAGGGCCUUCCCCUUCCACCUGGUGUUGGGCCCCAGCAUGGAGCUGCUGCAGCUAGGGGAAGGUCUGAGAAGGCAGGCACGGAUCGAGCCUCACCGGACCCUCUCCUUCAGGGACUGCUUUGAGAUUAUCUCCCCCAGGAUCCAGCCCACCUUCCAGGGGGCCAUACUGCUGCGCCUGGCCUCCCCCUUCAUCCGCACCCGGCCAGACUGCUCCCAGUCAGGCACCAAGGAAGCAACCCCUCUCCCUGUCUUCUGCCCCACACCCUCUCUCUCUCUCUUGCUCUUUCUCUCUCUUUGCCAGGUGAUGGAGGUGAAGGGUCAGAUGAUUCAUGUCCCAGAAUCCUCUACUCUGAUGUUCCUGGGUUCCCCCCGGGUGGACAAGCUGGAGGAGCUGAUGGGCAGGGGCCUCUACCUGUCAGACAUCCCCAUCCACGACGCCACGCGUGAUGUCAUACUGGUGGGACAGCAGGCCAAGGCACAGGACGGCCUCAAGAACAGGAUGGACAAACUCAAGGCCACUCUAGAAAAGACACACCAAGCUCUAGAAGAGGAGAAGAGGAGGACAGUAGACCUUCUCUACUCCAUCUUUCCUGGUGACGUGGCCCAGAAGCUAUGGCAGGGGGAGUCUGUCCCCGCCAGGAAGUUUGAUGAUGUCACCAUGCUGUUCUCUGACAUUGUGGGCUUCACGGCAGUGUGUGCCCAGUGUACCCCCAUGCAGGUCAUCAGCAUGCUCAAUGAGCUCUACACACGCUUCGACUACCAGUGUGGAAUCCUGGAUGUGUAUAAGAUUGAGACUAUAGGCGACGCCUACUGUGUUGCGGGCGGGCUCCACCGGAAGAUUGACAGCCAUGCCAAGCCAAUCGCACUCAUGGCCCUGAAGAUGAUGGAGCUGUCAGAGGAGGUGUUAACGCCGGACGGSAAAUCCAUCAAGCUGCGUAUAGGUAUCCAUACAGGCUCAGUGUUGGCGGGGGUGGUUGGGGUGAGGAUGCCCAGGUACUGUCUGUUUGGCAACAACGUCACACUGGCCAGCAAGUUUGAGUCUGGGAGCCACCCUCGAUGCAUCAACGUCAGCCCAACCACAUACCGGCUGCUGAAAGACGAUAUCUCUUUCUCUUUCGUCCCUCGUUCCCGGUUGGAGCUUCCUGAUAAUUUUCCGAAGGAGAUCCCGGGAACAUGYUACUUCCUGGAGGGAGGGACUUCCCAUAGCCACACCUCCCUGACAAGCUCCCGCUCCGCCCCCCCAGCGCCCCUGAGAAAAGUGUCCUACAGCAUCGGCACCAUGUUCCUGCGAGAGACCAGUCUAUAGGCUCCCAAAACACACACACACACACUGCAUCAACAUACACACACAACUCUAAACCUAUAGCCCAAACCCUACCCCAUGUUUAAAUGGGAGACUUAUAGGGAUGACAAUACCCUCCUACCCCAAACCAGGACGCAGUCCUCUUAACAACCCCCCUCGCUUUUCCAUCUAGAAACAGACACUCCUCGCUUCACCAACUACAACCUGUUGUUACCAAGGGCAACCACCCUUUACCCUUCAACCCCACCACAAACCAGACUUUGAMGGUUGACAGAAGAGGAGGGAAAACAACAAAAUCAAUCAAUAGAGACAAUAUAAUAGAAUAAUCUAGCAACUUCAAAACUAAACUAAAGCCUUCUGCUUGUAGAACACGGCGUACUGUAACCAUGGAUACCACGGCUGGCUGUCAGUCUGGGCAUGGCAGGUACUGUGUUAUUAUCAACAUCGCUCACAACUCAGUGCCUUCUUCACUAGAACACUCCAGACAUACACUCUCAAACCCCCGACAUGUGAGCUGGCUGAACACGCGGGGAAAUGGAACGAGGUCUGCAGCUCUGAUGCUCCCCGCAGUGAUGUGUGUGACUCUCCCAAAUGAGUCACUGUGGGGAGUCUAUGUUGUUUCGGUCCAGCUAGCAGCUGAACCACUGAGAUGUUCGGACAUUUUCUCUUUCAGUUAGCUGAAUGCAUCCGCCUCCCAGCCCAUCUGUCAGCACUAAACCAUGGACAUGAGCAAGCAGCACGUUCAUCCAUCCACCCCCCUCCCCUCCAUCCACCAACUCUAAUAACCAAGGUGUGGAUAGGAAGUAUGCCUGGGGGGGGGGCUCUCUAUGUCAUUCCAGAUCUCUACGUCAUUCUAUGUUUUUAGAGCAAUAACCUUAGGAUCCUAUCUCUCUGUCACCACUCUAGUCCCCAACCUCAUUUCUCUCUCACACACACAAACACACAUUGGCUUGUUACAAGUAAGAAUUGACAGGCUUCAAUAGAAUACUGUUGUAAACAUACUUGUCCUUGAAACGUGUUUUUGAUGUCAUUGAUUUCGCUGUGAGGUUAAAGCAUUAAAGAUAAUAAAUGAAACAAAAUAAUCAAACAGUCAGUCACCCCAUUAAGACUGUUGGCUUUCCAACAGCAUCAUAAUCAAACGUUCCAUCCCAUGUUGGCUUUCCAACAGCAUCAUAAUCAAACGUUCCAUCCCAUGUUGGCUUUCCAACGCAUCAUAAUCAAACGUCGC